UCCCCCUCGCCUUUUAAGCGUGCCCGUUGACGCAGUCGCUCUCUUAAACCCCCCACUCUCUUCACCUCCACUCAUUGCUCCCCCGCGUCAAAGGCUCCCUUUCCGACCGUACCCCUCCUAGUACUUCCACUCGCACACCAUGCACUUCCUCUCUCUUGCUUCCAUCGCUCUCGUUGCUUCCGGUGCAUCCGCUAUCGUGGUCCCCCGCAGCCACGUCCACCAUGCUCGCCACUCUGCUGUGAAGCCCGACACGUACUACGAGGGCUACCUCGAGAAGUACUCGACGUACCACACCCGGUACCUCGCUCUCAACUGCGAGAACGAGCACGGCAAGCCCUUCUUCGAUGCGUGCUGCCACCCUCUGUUGGCUACGGAGACGGUCGAGAAGAACCGUGCGCCGGAGUGUAACCCCGCUAACCAGGUUUCCUCUGCGAUCUCCUCUGCGGUCUCCUCGGCAGUGGCCUCCUCCACCGCUUCGUCGGCCGCUCCCGCUGCGUCUCAGGUCCUGAGCACCGGCGGUGAUGACGACGAUGACGAGGACUGCGAUGAUGAGGAUGAUGAGCCCACUUCCUCCGCCUCCUCCGCCGCGCCCUCUGCAACUUCGGACGACGACGAUGAGGACUGCGAGGAUGAAGACGACGAGCCCUCGUCUUCCGUCGCCCCCGCGACUAUGACGCACGCCGCCUCUUCCACGCACGUUGCAUCCUCCACGCAUGCGACGUCUACCGAGGCGCCCGCGACGACUUCGACGCACUCGGUCGCCCCCUCGACCACGCAAGCCCCCACUACCACCAAGGCAACUCCCACGACCACCAAGGCGAGCUCUACCAAGGCAAGCUCCACCAAGGCUGCGAGCACUCCUGCCGCCACCUCCUCCUCGGACAACGGCCCCUUCACCGGAAACGCUACGUUCUUCUUCCAGAAAGGCAUCGCUGGCGCCUGUGGCACCGUCCACCCUGACAGUGCCCUCAUUGCUGCCAUGCAAACUGAGCGCUACGGCGACCUCAGCAAGCAGUCUUCCCUCUGCGGCAAGCAGGUGCAGAUCACCAACACGAAGAACGGCAAGACCGUUACCGUCACCAUCGCUGACGCUUGCCCAACCUGCGGCACCGGCAACGACAUUGACCUGUCGCAGGGUGCCUUCGACCAGAUCGCCACCGAGGAGGAGGGCGAGGUCCCCAUCUCCUGGAAGUUCAUUUAAGGAGCACGCCCCCGCGUAGCUCUCCGAUUUUCUGAUUCAUCUUGGUCUCCGUUCCCGUCUUCUCUUUUAUUGCUCUCGGGCCCGGGGCCAGCCCCCCUCUCUGCAUAGCGUACCGUCUGGCUGUGAUGACAACGAGGAGUUGAUACGAACCUGACGACCCCGGUGGCGGAAGAAUCGCUCACGCUGCUCAUCAUUACGAUACGCCUUGUAGCUAUACGUUCUCACUUUCCUGUGGAAGCCCUUGCAGGCUGUUGUCCGGUGCAUAUAGCUCUCUCUUAUACGUAAACUUAUCGCAAUCGCAUCUCGUGCUCUGCUGUUCAUCGAAUGCCACCAUGUUUUAUGC